CGACGGCGCGAAAACGACCCUGGUCAUUUUCCAUUUCAAAUUUUCUUCUUGUACGUUCGUGGUGUCGAUUUUGGGCUGGGAGUGCCAGAAAACAGCCGCCAUCCUCUAGGAAAAUGGAUCUCACAAAAGUGCUCGAAGCAACAGUAUCUCCAGAUCAAAAUGAGUUGCAAGCAGCUCAAACUUAUCUGGAACAAGCGGCUCAAGCAAAUCUGCCCGAGUUUUUGGUGGCUCUUGUAAGCGAGUUAGCGGAUGCAACGAAGUCUCAGGUUGCGAGAAUGGCGGCCGGAUUACAACUGAAAAAUCAGCUCACCUCCAAAGACGCUACAGUAAGGUUACAAUACCAGCAGCGAUGGAUGACUCUGGACGACAAAAUAAAAAGUCAUGUCAAGACAAUGGCGAUUCAAACUCUAGGAACGGAAAAUGCGAGACCUGCUAUCGCUCCACAGUGUAUAGCAGCGAUAGCUUGUGCUGAAAUCCCACACGGACAAUGGCUGGAAGUGGUGGACAUUUUACAGAGCAUUACAGUGCAAACAAGCAGUACAAAUGCAUUAAAGGAGCAGGCUUUGGAAACUAUAGGUUACAUUUGCCAGGAUAUCGAACCUGAGCAUCUAGUUGAUCAGUCACAUAAAAUUCUUACAGCAAUUGUAUCGGGGAUGAAAAAGGAAGAACCUAGCGCUCCAAUAAGACUUGCAGCGACAAAUGCCCUCCUCAACUCUCUAGAAUUUACAAAGCAGAAUUUUGAAAGAGAGACUGAACGAAACUUCAUUAUGCAAGUUGUUUGUGAAGCUACACAAAGCACAGAAACUCAGCUCAAAGUUUCAGCCUUGCAGAACCUUGUGAAGAUAAUGUCUCUCUAUUAUCAGCACAUGGAAGAAUACAUGGGGAGAGCACUGUUUCCUAUUUCCAUUGCUGCAAUCAAAUCUGAUAUUGAUGAAGUUGCUCUUCAAGGUAUUGAGUUCUGGUCUUCAGUGUGUGACGAGGAAAUGGAUUUAGCAAUUGAAGCUGUGGAGGCAUCAGAAGCUAAAAGGGAACCAGAACAGACAAGCAGGCAUUAUGCCAAAGGCGCAUUACCUUUCAUUACCCCUCUACUGACUGCUUGCCUCACAAGACAGGAGGAAUAUGAUGAUGAGGAUGACUGGAAUCCAUGCAAAGCCGCUGGUGUAUGCCUAAUGCUGUUGGCCCAGUGUUGUGAAAAUGAUGUGAUACCUUUUGUGACAGACUUUAUAAUGGGAAACAUUAAAAACCCAGAGUGGAAAAACAGAGAUGCGGCUGUUAUGGCGUUUGGUGCAAUAUUGGAAGGACCUGAUCCCAAAGCUUUGCAGCCAUAUGCUGCGGUGGCCACACCAAUGCUAAUAAACUUAAUGGGAGAUGAAUCCGUUGUUGUACGAGAUUCUGUGGCUUGGACACUUGGUCGUAUAUGUGAGAUAUUACCCCAAGUUGUUAUUGAAAAUAACCUCCAACUCCUGGUUGAAACUUUGUUAACUUCACUUGAAGCAGAACCGCGAGUUGCUGCUAAUGUCUGCUGGGCGUUCAACUCUCUUGGAGAAGCAGCAUAUGACGCUGCACAGGUGUCUGAAGAUGAAGAGGAACCGCAGACAUAUGCGUUGUCAACUUGGUUUCAACAGAUUGUAGGAAAGCUUCUUGAGGUCACAGAUAGGUGUGAUGCUAAUCAAGGAAAUCUUAGAAGUUCAGCUUAUGAAGCUGUAAUGGAGUUGAUUAAGAACAGUGCAAAGGACUGUUAUGAAGUUGUUCAAAAAACAACACUGGUCAUUCUUCAACGGCUGCAGCAUGUGUUACAGAUGGAGAAAAGUGUAUCAGACAGAGCCCAGUAUAAUGACUUGCAAUCCCUUUUAUGUGCCACACUACAGAGUGUGCUAAGAAAAGUCAACGCUCAAGAUGCCCAGCAGAUUGCUAGACCAAUCAUGGAUGCUUUACUGCAGAUGCUUGGCUUGGGUGGGGCAUCAGUGAGCGGAGUACAGGAAGAUGCACUAAUGGCUAUAGGCACACUUGUAGAGGUUGUUGGAGAUAACUUCAUAACUUACUUAGAGCCAUUCAAGCCGUACUUAAUACAAGCACUCCGAGAGCGAGGUGAAUACCAGGUGUGUGUUGCUGCUGUUGGAUUGGUAGGAGACAUUGCAAGAGCCUUAGGAUCAAACAUAUUGACCCACUGUGAUCAUUUUAUGCAAAUUUUAUUGGAAAAUUUGGCGGAUGCGACUGUCCAUCGGAGUGUCAAACCUCAUAUUCUGUCUGUGUUCGGUGAUAUUGCUUUGGCCAUAGGAUCCAACUUCACGAACUACUUUGAAGUGGUUACAGCAACACUAAAUCAAGCCUCUGUUACGACUGUAGACAAAUCUGAUUACGACAUGGUGGAUUACUUGAAUGAGCUCAGAGAAGGAUGUUUAGAAGCCUACACUGGAAUUAUUCAAGGACUCAAGGGCGAGGCUAAAGAAGGAACCCCUAGUAAGGAGCUGGUUCUGGUUCAGCCACACAUAAUGCAUAUCAUCACCUUUAUAGAAGUCAUUGCUACAGACCAGGACCAUUCAGAGAGUAAUGUCUCCAGUGCUUGCGGUCUUGUAGGUGAUAUUUGUUCAGCAUUUGGCGCGCAGGUUCACCCACUGCUAGAGAAACCAGCCAUCAACGAACUGCUCCAAGAAGGAAGGCGAUCUAAGACACACAAAACCAAACAAGUCGCCACCUGGGCAACCAAGGAAAUGCGCAAGCUCAAGCAACAACAGAAUUAGUCACGUGAUGGCGACCACAGAGAGAGCGUGCGAGAGUGCGUGAGAAUCGAGCUUCCGUGAUGUCGAGAGCGUGCGUACCUGACAUGCGUGGAGAGCGAGUGCGUUACCCCUCCCCCCCAAACAGAGAGAAGCACCCGGACAAUGACCAAUGACAGCCAACUUCCAAAUCACUUGACAGCGGUUGACGAGCGAAAAGCGUGCAAGGUUAUGGUUGUAAAGGUGAUACAGUUUGAUGCCCGCGUGGAUCCCGUCGUGCCCCGCAUGGAUCCCGUCUUCGCCCACGUGAAUCCCUUUUCUCCUUUCCAUGGAAGUGUAAAGGAAACCCAACACACUUGGUUCCGUGAAAGGAAAGGUUUCAGCCGUAGCGAAAAUAAGUGUGCUGCGACUUGACUGAAAUAACUUUACCCUUUCACGAAGCCAGGCUAUUUUGACGCGGCGUGGACAAAUUCCGCCUCGAAGUAAAAAAAUAUAUAGAUGCCCCUCUUCUUCCCCCAAGAAAAGACGAUAUUCCCCGCCCUCAACCAUUAGUAGUGAAGUUCUAGAUUACGGUGGAAUUAAUUUUUUUUGCGCUGCAAUGAAAGUGUUCUGCAGGAUGUUAGAUUUAAAGAACGUAUUUUUGUGAAGAACGGGGGAAAUUUUGACGAUUUACGGGACAAAAUUAUUGUACAGUGAAUAUUGUGUAAGAUUGUAGAGACUAUCAUGCAACGGAAUUGACUUAAAAUGAGCCCUACAAAGUGGAACAAUCUAAAAAAAGUCAGUAUAUUCCGUAUAGCUAUAAUUAAAAGCAGUUUUCGAUACCUCUGCUGUAAA